CGGCAAAAGAAGAUCAAAACCAUUGCAGGGGUGGGGUGUUCCUGCGAUCGCUUCAUGUCAUGUCCUAUCGUUGACAUCGCGGUGUAUCUGUGCCCUAAUUCGCCGGAGAAUGGCGUCACAGGAGGGAGUGUCGAGAAUUUUCAGCAUUCGCGUCGUCUCUCUCGAUUAUUACAUGGCUCCUCUGAUUCCAGAUUUCGACGUCUGUUACAGCGAUUUUCAGGGGCAGAUUGUGUCGGAAGUUCCGGUGAUAAGGAUAUACGGGUCGACCUUAUCUGGACAGAAGACUUGCCUGCAUGUUCAUGGGGUUUUACCAUAUUUAUAUGUGCCCUGUUCCGAUGCAUUGGCCCAAAGUUCUCAAGAAGGUCAGCCUUAUGCACAUGUUUUUGCUUUAGCAAUCGAGAAAGCUUUGAAGUUGGGAAGUUCUUAUGGUUCCAAGCGUCAGCAUGUGCACAGUUGUGUGCCUGUGACAGCGAAGAAGUUUUAUGGUUAUCAUUCAUCUGAUGAACCAUUUAUCAAGGUUUACUUAUAUUAUCCCCAUGAAAUUUCUCGUGUGGCUUCUCUUUUGCUGGGUGGUUCAAUAUUAAAUAGAUGCUUCCAGCCUCAUGAAUCACAUAUUCCUUAUCUUCUUCAAUUUAUGGUUGAUAACAAUUUGUAUGGGAUGGGGCACAUCCAUUUAUCGAAGGUGAAAUUCCGAAGUCCAAUGCCACAGGAAUUGUGUUCUAGGGCAAGUGGAUAUUUUAACAGAUCUGGUUGCAAUACCACUCAGGUGGAAGGUGGAGAUUUUGUGUCUUCUCCUAUGCCCUGGUUGUCUUCGACAGUUUCAUUUGAUUGGGUAUGGUUUUCUCCUGAGGCGGGCACAUCAGAUAAAGAGAAUAUUUCUCCAGCAAGGCAAAGUGUGUGUGAGCUUGAGUGUGAUACUACUGUAGAUGAAAUUCUAAAUAAGAACUGUUUGUUAUACAUGGCUUUUUCUCAAGCUAAUUCGGAUGUAAGAAUGGUCCAAUCCCUUAUACCAAUAUGGGAGGAAGAACAGGCCAGGUCUGGAAUUCUGGAAUUAGUUUCAUGUGAUACCACUAGACCACCUCCAGAAGAUGUAAUGCAGUCACUUUCCUUGGGGCUGGACUAUGAUAGCCUACUCAUAAAGUUGUUGGAUGACUCCACAUCUGGCUCUUGUAAUAUAAAUCAUUCAGAGCUAAACAAAACAUCUCAGCCAUCUCUUGGGUCCGCUGAUAUUCCUAAUGCUGCCCCUGUCAGUGGUGAAUAUAUGAAGGUGAUGAUGGGGCAUAAUCUGGAGCUGAAAAGUAGUGCUGAUGAAUUUUUAAAAUCAACUAACGAGGUUGGCGAUAUUGAGGCACUUGGGCUUCUUAAAUGGCUUGCUUCUUCCCAAGCAAAGGAAGAUAUAGACUCCGAUGAUGAGCUUGCCCAUGAAUGUGUCUUGAACCCUCUACUACCAGCUGCUACAGUCGGUGAAGUUCUGGAAAAAGCUUACUCAGAGUAUGAGAUUGAGUCCCAGCAGGAAUGUCAGGACAUACUUGACUCAGUUGAGGAUGCCCUGAACUUUAAGGGGUUUGAAGAGCAGAUAUAUUUGGAUAAUCCUCAUCAUCUUGCUCCUCCUUCACCAGUAAAUUUAAUUCCUCAGAUGGAUGGUUCAUGUGAUGAACCAGAAAUGGGGAGCAAAGCAUAUGAAAGAAAUUCUCAGGAAGAGAUGCCAAGUGUUGAUUUUAGUUGUUCGAUUGAUGGAUGCAAAUCCAAUCAGCAAUUACAGUGUUCCUUGCCUUUUUCAGUGGUUGGAUUUCAUCCAAGGUGUCCGGUGUAUGAUGUGCCUGCUGAAUGUCACAUUCCUGAAAGUAACGGUUGUUCUACAGCAUGUCCGAUGAAUAAGGGUGGGCAUGAGCAUGGUGUAUCUGCUGCUGGUGGUUUUGAUGAGAUAUCUAUUUUGAGAGAAGUGAAUGAAGCUUCUUCUUUGAGGGACUUGAUGAGGAGGAAGAGGAAUCACCAUCAACUAAUGUCAGAAAAUACCUGCCAUGAGUCUGCUAAGAAGCAUGAUCCUGGUAAAAGAAUACAUAAAAGUACAUCUUCCCAUCUUGAGGAAAAUGAUAAUAAUGUAGUGGCCCAAAAUGCUUAUUCCUCUCUAAAAUUAGCUCAUCUGAGCUCAUCGGUCAAGUCAGGAAUGGAGCUGAAAGACUGCAAACUGAAGCAUUUUAAUAGCAAACUUCACAGGUAUGGGGUGUUGCCUUUAGAUGGCCUGGAUAAGAAUAAACCACCUUUGGACCUGGCGACCAAGCAUGAUUGCAUUGAUGGGAUCAACAAGGGGCAGAACAAUCUGGAUGACAUAAAAACCAGAAAAUCAUCACCUAUAGGCCAGUCUAUACUGUAUGGAGAAUCUUCGGUUUCUCCUCGGACUGUUUUUUCCAGAGAAUGGAAGCCGGUUGACUGUUGUAAAUAUGGACCCAUUGACAGUGACCUUGAUCUUGGCUCGGCCACCAUCCAUGCUUUCAGUUCAAAAGUUCCCACUGAGUUGACAGAAAGUCUUGAGCCACAUACAUCUUAUGCUGUCCAGGAAUUGUCAUCUGAUGAAUGUUUUCUUGAUGGGUCUUCUAAAAGUUCCUGCUUGAAAAUUGUUUGUGAAUCCAGGAAUAUCAUGGAAGGUACCCCUGUUCUAUCCCACUGCCCUGUACCAGUUAAGGACCUCCAGGAUGCGGCUAUGGAUGCUAAACUUUCUGUAGUGUCACCAUCUCAUGAUCAAUGCAGCCAGAGUUCCAGAAUGGAUCCUAUCAUGAUGGCUUUUGCCAAAAAACCACCUACUUUAGAACAAUUAAGACAGAAUACUGACAGUGAGCUUUUCACCUGCAAAGGUAAUCCUGCUGAUAUUGGAAGUCAUGACUCGUUAACAGACUUGAAUAUGCUCCCCUUUUUGAUGGAAAACAAAAAUGAAGUGGAGAAGUGUUGCAGUGAUGAUAUGGGAAUUCCCCAGCUUGCAGAUGUGAUCCAUGGAGUUCCAACACAUUGUCUAAAUGAUGGCUCACUUUUAUUUAUGUUGACUCCCGCUCUCUCACCACCCUCUCCUGCCUCUGUUAAUAACUGGCUUCAGAAACCAGUUCACUGUGAUGUGGAAAUUGUUGAGAAAGGAAAACUGUUGAGGAUUAAUCCUGAAUUUGGGAAAACAUCUUCAGAAUCUGAAAAUAUGUGUACUGCUUUGGUCCCUCAAACCACCAUCUUGACUUCAGACAUCACUGUGUCAAAAUAUGCUCCAAAUAGAUGUGCUGAUGAUUCACAGAGGAGUUCUCAUGACAAUGCGGAUGAUGUAUCACAAAUAUCUGGCCCACUUGGUAAAUCGAAACUUACUCCUCUGAGUCAAAUUGGAUUCCGUGACCCUGCAAGAUAUGGUGCUGGCCAACAGCUAACCUUGUUAAGUAUUGAGAUUCUUGCUGAAUCAAGGGGAGAACUGCAACCUGAUCCACGGUAUGACCCCAUCAAUGUCAUAGCUCUUGCGGUGCAGGAGGAUUUCAACGACACUAUUCAAAUUAUUGUCCUGUUGCGUGAAACUGGUCAUGGUACACAUGGAAGAAAUGUAGAUGGUUUAUCAUGCUGCAAACUUGUAUCUUGCAGCAAAGAAAAGGAUUUGCUUGAGCAUUUUGUGGAGUUAGUUGGAUCGCUGGACCCAGAUAUUCUCUUGGGUUGGGACAUACAAGGAAAUUCCUUGGGGUUUUUGGCAGAAAGGGCUGCCUAUCUUCAGAUAAGCUUGCUCAAGAGUGUUUCUCGUACACUGGGAUCUGCAACCAAAUUUGCAUCAGGAAAUAUGAAAGAGGAUAGAGAUUGUAGGCUGAAAAAUAUGAUCCAGGGAGACAUGGUUACUGAUGCUCUUAUUGCUGAAAAUGCAAUAAUUGAAGAUGAGUGGGGCCGCACACAUAUGAGUGGUAUCCAUGUUGGUGGAAGGAUUGUUCUUAAUCUUUGGCGAAUACUGCGAUCUGAGCUUAGACUUACCAUGUACACUCUAGAGGCUGUGUCUGAGGCUGUUCUGCGACAAAAAAUUCCUUACAUUUCCUGCAAAAUAUUGACCAGGUGGUUUUCCAGUGGUCCUGGGAUGGCACAACUUCGCUGCAUUCAGUAUGUGGUUGGCAGAGCUAGGCUGAAUCUUGAGAUCAUGGAUCAACUUGAUAUGUUUAAUCGAACUUCAGAGCUUGCUCGUGUCUUUGGAAUUGACUUCUUCUCUGUUCUUUCACGAGGUUCACAGUACCGUGUUGAGUCUAUGCUUUUGCGGCUGGCUCACACACAGAAUUAUCUUGCUAUCUCACCUAGUAGUCAGCAGGUCGCUUCUCAACCAGCUAUGGAGUGCCUACCACUUGUGAUGGAGCCAGAGUCAGGAUUUUAUGCUGAUCCAGUUGUUGUCUUAGAUUUUCAAGCUCUCUAUCCAUCUAUGAUUAUAGCAUACAAUCUUUGUUUUUCUACAUGCCUUGGGAAACUUGUUCCUGCAAAGCCGAAUACACUUGGUAUCUGCUCGUAUACACCCGGUUUAAAGGUUCUGCAGGAGUUUAGGGAUCAGUUGUUGCUGACACCAAAUGGUGUUAUGUAUGUGCCUUCUAAGGUCCGUAAGGGUGUUCUACCUUGUUUACUGGAAGAAAUCUUAACAACAAGGAUAAUGGUGAAGAAAUCCAUGAAGAAGUUGACAGAAUCAGAAAAGAUCUUAUAUAGGAUUUUUGAUGCAAGACAGCUUGCUUUGAAGUUGAUAGCAAAUGUAACUUAUGGUUACACAGCAGCAGGCUUUAGUGGUCGAAUGCCGUGUGCAGAGCUUGCAGAUAGCAUUGUACAAUGUGGUCGUAGAACACUUGAGAAGGCAAUCUCUUUUAUUAGUGCACAUGAGACCUGGAAUGCUAGGGUAAUUUACGGAGAUACUGACAGCAUGUUUGUCCUCCUUAAAGGCCGUACACUGGAAGAAGCUUUUAUCAUAGGUCAGGAGAUGGCAACAACAGUAACUGCAAUGAAUCCAUACCCUGUGACUUUGAAAAUGGAGAAAGUGUAUAACCCAUGUUUCCUUCUCACUAAGAAACGGUAUGUUGGUUAUAGUUAUGAAAAUCCAGGGCAAACAAAGCCAACAUUUGAUGCCAAAGGAAUUGAGACGGUCCGGAGGGACACGUGCCCAGCUGUUGCAAAGAUGUUAGAGCAAUCACUGCGAACAUUUUUUGAAUCACAGGACAUCUCCAAGGUAAAAGCAUAUUUGCAGCGGCAGUGGACGAGAAUUUUGUGUGGUAAGGUGUCACUUCAGGAUUUUGUAUUAUCGAAAGAGGUUCGUUUGGGAACUUACAGUUCCAGGACUUCUUCACUCCCACCGGCAGCUAUUGUUGCCAUGAAAGCAAUGAGAGCUGAUCCUAGGGCAGAACCUCGUUAUGGUGAUCGGAUACCAUAUAUUGUGGUCCAUGGGGAACCUGGAGCUCGGUUGAUUGACUUGGUUGUUGAUCCAUUGGAUGUUUUGGAUAUAAGCUCCCCAUAUACACUAAAUGAUUUAUACUAUAUUAAGAAGCAGAUCAUCCCACCCUUGCAAAGAGUUUUUGGACUUCUUGGGGUGGAUUUGAACCGAUGGUUCUCUGAAAUGCCACGGCCAGUUCGCCCGACCUUGGCCAAGCGCUUUGCAGUAUGUGGAAAUGUUCCAAAGGGAAGAAUCUACUCUAAGGUGGGCAGAACUAGAAUAGACAACUACUAUACAUCAAGGCACUGCACCAUAUGUGGAGAAAUCAUACAAGGAAGAACCCUUGUAUGUGACAGUUGCUCCAAGAAGGGGCCUGUAGUUGCCACAUGUAUGACUGGCACAACUGCAAGAUUGGAACAUGAUAUCCAACACCUAACUGCAAUAUGCAGGCAUUGCGGCGGUGGUGAUUGGAUCACAGAAAGUGGUGUCAAAUGUACGUCACUUGCAUGUCCUGUAUUCUAUGAACGGCGAAAAAUUCAGAAAGAGCUGCAGGCUGUCUGUACGGUUGCGUCAGAGGCUGGAUUUUAUCCAAAAUGCAUGGUCGAGUGGUUCUAACUAGCCUUAUGCAAGGGUAAUGGAGUCUCCUUACUGCACCUUUUGAGGUCUGAUACUGAUUGCUGGAGUCGGCUGCUACGUGCUGUUCCAUGAAAAUGGUCUGAUCACCUUCGAGAUGAUUGAGACAUGAUUCGGUGGGCAGCUGGUUGUUGGUGUCCGGUGUUGUCGAGCAAUCUCCUUGUAUAGUUACGUUUAGCAUGUGCUUGGUUCAUCAAGUCCUGCAAAACUAGGUAAAAGUUAAAUAUGUAACCAAUGUACAGUAGCUGCCAUUAGUUUCUCAAUUGCGUGAUCGCUGAAGGAGAAACUCUGUAAAAUAUUAACUUAUGUAUAAUAGUUCGUUUUCAUCAAUUUCUCAACUAUGUGGUUCCUGAA